CGUGGGCGCAGGCGGAUUUAGGAAGAACUCGGCCGUGAGGCUCCCGCGCACGCGACCCGGCCUCCCGCGCCUGCUUGAUACCACGCGGUCCCACGCGUCGCCCCUCGCGCCCCUCGGAGGAGUCGCCACCACCACCACCGCCACCGCCAACCGGAUAGGAGUCGGAGACACCGCGAGGCCGCACUCACCGCCAUGCCCAAGAAUAAAGGUAAAGGAGGUAAAAAUAGGCGCAGAGGUAAGAACGAAAAUGAAUCUGAAAAAAGAGAGCUGGUGUUCAAAGAAGAUGGACAAGAGUAUGCUCAGGUAAUCAAAAUGUUGGGAAACGGACGAUUAGAAGCCAUGUGUUUUGAUGGUAUGAAGAGGUUAUGUCACAUCAGAGGGAAAUUGAGAAAAAAGGUUUGGAUAAAUACCUCGGACAUCAUAUUGGUCGGUCUACGAGACUACCAGGAUAAUAAAGCUGAUGUAAUUUUAAAAUACAAUGCAGAUGAAGCUAGAAGUCUGAAGGCGUAUGGCGAGCUUCCAGAGCAUGCUAAAAUCAAUGAAACUGAUACCUUUGGACCUGGAGAUGAUGAUGAAAUCCAGUUUGAUGACAUUGGAGAUGAUGAUGAGGACAUCGAUGACAUCUAAGUCGAACUCAACAUUUUACAUUCCAGUUUCUCUGAGGAUUGUUCAACAAUUUGGAAUUUGGCUGUGACCUGUUAAAGAAGAUUAAAAUUUCAUUAGCAUGAGUGCAAUUUGUUAAAGGAGACUGGUUUGUUUCUAAGAUAUUUCUUUAAAAACUGGUAAUGCUGAAUUCUCUUAAGUGAAAUGUUAAGCCCACUUUGUUCUUUUGAUGUGGUGGAGCUUAUGGGUAAAAGACUACAUCUGCUUUUUUAAAAAAGAGAAGAAAAUGCAUUACUGCCUUUCCUACUCUGACCACUUCCAGUAAGUAAAUAGAUGUGUUGAAUAAACCAUUUGCCCUACACUCAUUAUGAGUUAUGAUUAAGCCCUAGUCUUGACUAGCCUAUUGAUUGUACAGUGACUUUCUGUAUAUUCCAGUUACCUAGAUGUUCCCUUGAGAUUUUAAUACAGUUUAAGAAAGGCAGAAAUCUGCAUUUGAAGUCAAAAAUUAUUGGGUCUGUUUUUCAUAUUAAAGUAGCAUGUGGCUAUUUUUAUACUAAUUUUGAUAUCAUGUACAUUCUUUUCAUGAUCUUUUUGCCACUAUAAACGUAUCAACAAAAAGCAUUUCCGAAAUGCAGGUUUUAGAACCUGGGUUUUAAUAGCAAGUUUGAAUUUGUAAGGUUAGUAGUUGCAGAAAUUGAACACUAGGUGGCACCCAGUUAUCUUAACAUUGGAAAUAUUGGUAUUGUCCACUUUUUUUUUAAUUUGCAAGGGAAAUUUCCAAAACAAGAGAAGAUUGUUUUGAUUAUAUGCAUGUAUGUAGAAUACUUUUACAGAACAAAAAGAUUAUGUUAAAAGUCAUUUUAUUUCAGAAGUCAUAUACAUGUAAGGUAUAAUUUUGAGUGCUUUAUAAACACUUAACUUAUGUAUAAAUGAAAUUUUAGUUUCAUAACAACUUGUACGAAUUAAGCCUUUUCAAACUAUCCCUAAGCUGGGGAAAGAGGAGGGAAUAACUUAAUGAAGAGACGGUCUCCAAUUUCUGAAUGGAAGAGCUUCAGCUGAGAAAUAUAAUAAAGACAAUGUCAUGCUGCAGAGUAUCUUAUACCCUUACUUUGUGUUUAGGAUGUAUUUUAUUGUGUGUACAGAUUUUUUUGCUUGUAUUUUAUUGGAAAUUUAGAUUUCACCCUGCCCUAUUUAGUUUUUCAUUAUCACCUCUAGUAAGAUGAAAUGAAGGGCUGGGCUAGUUAGACCUCUGUAGCCACAUUGAAAUCGUAUGCAGCUUCAAAAGAAGAGAUCCGUUGUGUAGCUUGUGAACGCUUUAUUAUUGGUCUCCAGAGAACUUUUCAGUGAUGAAAAGGAAUACAAAGGGUCAUUAACCUUCAUGUGGCUUCAAAAAACAAGCCAAUCUUCUCUAAUCCCACACUUAGUAUAAUUUCGUUUCCUAAGUGUGCAAGCUCCAGAGUGAAAAUCUGAGGUACUAUAAAACAUUAUUAAAUCAAAGAAUAGAAAUUAAGAGUGGACAGUUGCAGUUCAUGUUUCUAAUUCGGUGGAGUUCCUGAACACUUACCUAGAUGGAAUGCAUCUGAAACCAUGGGCUGGUUUUUAAUACUUGUAAGAAACCAGCCUUGAAGAAUGGACUUAGUGAUUGUCUUCAUCAGUAAUCUAAACCUCCUAAGAUAUUUAGGCUUCUGUACAUAAAAUUGUUUUGCUGAAUUUAUAGUAUAUAUAGCUCCUUCUUCCAUGUUAUUUUACCAAGAAUGUUUUAACUCUGCAUCUGUGAUACAGCUCCUGGUAGGAAUGGUGCAACUCAAACAUUAGUAUUUUUCUACUUACCUUCUCUAACAAAUAUGGUUUGUCUACAGAUUCUAUAAAUUACAACUAUGACCCCAAUUCAUGUGUUUGCUAGUGACUUGUUUUGUUUUGUUUUGUUUUUUUGCCUAGGUAGUAACAGCUCAAUCUAGUGCUGUUGCCUCCUGGAAAAUCUCGAAUCAUAAUGAUUAAAAUAGUUGGGGUAAAGUGGUAGCUCAUAUGCAACACUACUUGGAGGAAUUAUUUUACUAACUUGUCUUUAAUGUGGAAAUUGUAUAGUUUCAUUGAUUUGAUUAUAUUUCAAAUGAGGAAUGGAAGUGGUCCUCAAGAAAAGGUUUUUUGUUUUGUUUUUUGUUUUUUUUUGGUUAUUCUCUGAUUCCUAUAAUACAAUGCUAUAAGGUGUACCGUGAAAAAAAUAAAAUGUUUGAAAUGCAAGAAUAAUGGUUCUUACUGCUAAGAGGGUAUAAUAGUUAUUACUAAUGAAUUUAAUAGGCAUAUAUUUUUCAUGCACUGUUUAUUCCACUUCCAAUUAGAGUUUAUAUAUGUUAUAUUACUAAGGUGGCUAAAUAACCAAACCAAGCAUUUGUGGUAAAAAAAAAAAAAAAAAAAGACUUGCCAAGAUUUAAUUGUUUGUUGAAUCUUUCUUGGAACAUCCAGCCUCUUAAAGAGACCACCUCUUAAGGAGCCUGUGAACUAUGCAUGGUGAAAAUUCUUAUUUUAUUAAGGAAUGGCCAUUGGUUUACUCACCACAUCUGUGGAAGUGUGGCUAUAAAUAUAGUUGCUUACAAAACUCCUUGUGACUUGUAGUUUAACUUAAUCUCAUCUAUCUUGUGUAAAUAUUAAACUAUAGGAUGUUGAAGAACAUCUUUAAUAGAUAUAGACUGCUGUCAGUAUUGACUUCAGAGCAACUGAGUAAUCAAAUAGGUAAAAGCAUGUUUCAAAUAAAAUACCUAGCUGGGUUUAUACUUUAUUUGUAUUGUGUACAGAUUAAACAACAUCCAGUAUUAACUGUGGCUUGACAGUUCAAGUAUCAGAAUGAAAGUGAGGUUGUUUAUGUUACCUGACUUGUAAAGAUUAAACAGAUUUGUAUUGGUACGAGA